GACGCACGUAAUAUUAUUGUGUAAACAUGGAAGGACCACCAGCCAAGAAGAGACGACCUAAUUUCAGUGAGGCUGAAGUAUACGCUCUUGUGACUGAGGUAGCCAAACGAAAAGAAAUGAUUUUAGGGAAGUUGGACUCAAGUAGAUGUACACUUCAACUCAAAAACCAUGCCUGGGGUGAAGUGUUAAAUGCGGUGAAUGCUGUUGGUAGAGUCACCCGCAAUGUUACUGAAAUUCGGCGGAAGUUUUCUGAUCUUCGUGUUAGCGUUAAGAAAAAAGCAGCACAAGAUAAGAAAUAUGCUGGUGGAACAGGUGGCGGCCCCCAAAUUGAAAUUACAUACACUGCAAUUGAAGAAGCAAUUCUUCAACUAUUAGAUCCAGCCUCUAUACAUGGGAUUCCAGGGGAUUUUGAAAGUGAAGAACCUAUUAAUGAAGAAGAAAGAGAACCAACCCCCGGACCCUCAGGAGCUAGGUUUACAGCUACCGGUAGUUGUUUCCGAGAGGAAUUUAUGUUUCGGCCCGUUCAAGAGAAAGAUGAUUUUAUAACCUGCAUUCUGAAUGAGGAUAUACAGGAACAUGAUAUCACAGUACCCAUUGUGCAUUUAGAACCUGAAACUUCAGCACCUACAAACAUUCCUGGAUUUUCAUCAUCCGGAACAUAUGUGGUAGAAACAUGUAGUUCAAGCAAUACUCGUCAACCUAUUGCUGCUACCACGGAACAGCGAAGUAGGUCUAGUACCCCUUCUGCCACAGCUGUUAGGUCAACUGUAAUUGGUGAUUCCACUGAUGAAAUGGGUUCACCUCCAAUGCCAAGUACCAGCAGAAGUGGCAGGAGGCCACGAACCUCUUCUGCCCGAAAAGAUGAAGAUCUUCUUCGAGAGAUGCUUCGUGUUCAAACACAAAUGAGUGACAGUUUUUUACAGCUUGUAGCUAACACCGAGUGCAUUGCAUCUGCAAUGCUAUGCAUUGCAAGAGUUAUGCAGUCGAAAAAUCCUAUCCAAUGAUACUGUGUUUAUGGUAUGUGUAUAUGUAGUUGUUUACUUAGGUAAGUCCUUUACUUUUGGUAAAUGUGAUAAUAGCGUAGUUGAAAAGUCAUCAAACAUUUAUUGUAAAUUUUCCUUUGAGUGAUUGUUAUGAAGGAAGACGGCAUGUUAAAAAAUUGUGUAACUUUCACUUGCAGCCUAUACUAGUCAUGAAAAUGUAACAGGAAUAUUUAGCUCUCCAUAAGUUCAUUAAAAUCACGAAGUUAAGUGAAAGACACACAUUUGUCAACUUAUAACAUGUGU